CUGAUGUUUCUCUUGCCGCGUGGGGGCGCAAAGAAAUCGAAUUGGCAGAAAAUGAGAUGCCCGGUUUGAUGACUCUGCGUGAAAAGUAUGGUAAAACAAAACCUUUGACUGGAGCCCGUAUCGCUGGUUGCCUUCAUAUGACAAUCCAAACAGCCGUGUUAAUAGAAACACUCACGCAGCUUGGGGCUGAAGUGUCGUGGAGUUCUUGCAACAUUUUUUCUACCCAAGACCAGGCGGCUGCCGCCAUCGCCGUUACUGGCGUACCUGUGUUCGCGUGGAAAGGAGAAACUGAGGAAGAGUAUCUGUGGUGCAUUGAACAAACCCUUCAUGCCUUCAAGGAUGGAAAACCUUUAAACAUGAUCCUAGAUGAUGGUGGUGAUUUAACAAAUCUAGUUCAUAAAAAAUUUCCAGAGCUUCUAGAAGGCAUAAAAGGAAUUUCGGAAGAAACAACUACUGGUGUACAUAAUCUAUACAGGAUGUUGAGGGAGGGCACUUUAAAGGCUCCCGCGAUUAACGUAAAUGAUUCGGUGACGAAAUCAAAGUUCGAUAAUCUUUAUGGCUGUCGUGAAUCACUAAUCGACGGAAUCAAGCGUGCUACUGAUAUUCAAAUUGCGGGUAAAGUCGCAGUCGUUGCUGGAUACGGUGAUGUGGGAAAAGGUUGUUCAGUAGCCCUCCGCGGAAUGGGUGCACGCGUAAUUAUCACCGAAAUUGAUCCCAUAAAUGCCCUUCAAGCCGCAAUGGAAGGUUAUGAGGUUACUAUAAUGGAAGAGGCGUGUAAAAUGGGAAAUAUCUUCGUUACUUGCACGGGGAAUCGUGAUAUUAUCUUAGGCGAACAUUUUGAACAGAUGAAGAAUGAUUCUAUUGUGUGCAAUAUUGGACAUUUCGACAUUGAAAUUGACGUCGCCUGGCUCAAAAAAAAUGCAGUCGCCCAUGUUAAUAUCAAGCCCCAAGUUGAUCGUUAUACUUUGAGCAAUGGAAGAAACAUAAUUCUCCUUGCCGAAGGAAGAUUGGUCAAUCUUGGGUGUGCUACGGGUCAUCCAAGUUUUGUGAUGAGCAAUUCGUUCACAAACCAAGUAUUGGCUCAAAUUGCUCUUUGGACAGACAAAACCAAUACUUACCCAUUAGGUGUUCAUGUGUUACCAAAGAAACUUGAUGAAGAAGUCGCCGCAGCUCAUCUUGAAAAAUUGGGCGUUAAGCUUACAAAACUGUCUCCCGCUCAAUCCGAGUAUCUUGGAAUACAUCCUGAUGGUCCUUUUAAACCGGAACACUAUCGGUACAUUACAUUUUCUUUUAUUGGCAGGAUAUUUCCAUUUAACAAUUAUUACUAA